GUACCAUCCAAAGAUAAAGUAAGAUUGUAUGAGAAAAAAACGUUCCCAGAAGUGGCGAUUACCUACUCCCCAAGCAAAUAGUAUCCCAUAUUAGGAUCAUUGCCACACAUAGUAAUCCAUCUGUCACUUUUCUCCCAAGAUUCUAAUUUUGGUCACUCUUUCCAUUUUUGGUGGUCUCUGCAGAAUCCCAAUCCUCUCCAACAACAAUAUAGUUGUUCUUUUUUAUUUUGUGUGUGCUGUGUGUCUUGCAUAUAAAUAAAGAACCUCUUUUGGGGUCCUUCUUUUCAUGCCCAUCUUUCCCCUCUUAUUCUGAAUGCUGGUGGGUUCAGUGUUUGGUGAGGAAGGAUAAUAAAGGUUGGUGCUUUGUGAGAGGGAAGAGAAAAAAACAUGGGGAGGGGGAAGAUUGAGAUUAAGAAAAUUGAGAAUUUGAACAGCAGACAGGUUACCUUUUCCAAGAGGAGAAAUGGGUUGCUCAAGAAGGCCAGAGAAUUGUCUGUUCUAUGUGAUGCUGAGGUUGCUGUCAUCAUAUUCUCUAGCACUGGCAAGCUUUAUGAGUUUUCAAACACAAGCAUGGAGCAUACCCUAUCAAGGUAUAUGAAAGGCACAGAAUUGGAUUCUGCAGAGCAACCUAUUGAUGUGUCCCCAAAAGAUGUUACGGUUAUGGAGCCUGAUACAGAUCUUUUGAUGGAUGAAAUAACAAAGCUUCGAUCUGCAUACUCGUAA